AGAGGAAGAAGAAAGUUGAGGUGGGGGCGCGCCAGCUCCGCAAGCGGCAGAGGAGCUUGGAGGCGGUCUGCUUCCACCAUGCAGAGACUAAGGCCUCUGAACGUUGUCGUACAGUCUCUUCACACACUGAAACUCAACUACCAAAGCCCGACUCAGCACAGAGACAGACAUCAUGUCCUCCAUGGCGAGCUCCAUCCACCCCGACUUCCGCGACGAUGUCACCUCAGCGGAAGCCCAUGCAGUGGACCGGGAAACAGAACGUCUAAUCCAUCAACAAAUGGCUGCAGACAACGCAAGUGGUCGUGAACGAUACAUUCAACUCGCAAAAGAUAUGUUGCGAAUCAGAUUGCGCGCCUACAAACCCGAGUCACCACCAAUCGGCGGAGCUUGGUGCCUGAUUGGGUCAGCACAUCUCAAGGCCUCUCAGCUGCAAGAGGCGAAAGAAGCCACGGAGAAGAGUCUCGAAAUUUACGCGAAAGGCGACGAUAAGGAUGCCGCAGCAUUGGCGAGGGAGCAGUUGGCUUUGGUCUUUGAAGCCUUGGACCAGCUCCCCGAUGCUAAGAGAACCCGCUUGCAGGGUGCGAGUGAAGGGACAAUGGUGUGUUCGAGUCCACGGUGUCCGUAUGCGCAUUACGCGUUUCGCACGCAGAACGAGGGCCGCCCCGGGCUCUUCAAGUUGGUUGAACUGAAUGCGUGUGCUGCAUGCAGUUCGGCAUUCUACUGCGGUCAGGUAUGUCAAAAGGAUGACUGGAAGAGACAUAAAGUUCCUUGUAAGAGAUACACGGCUGCUCAAGUAGAUUAGGAUGGCACAUUGCUCUGCCUUUAAUAAAACCUAGUGACUCCAUCUUCUCCAAAGCCAUCGCCUUUU